CACGCGGACAAGUGUGGACCGCGGGGAUGACAAUGGGAUCAUUUUAACGGAUCAGUCGGCGUCGCGACUCGCGAUCCGGUGCCUCGCUCCUCGUGCGGAAACGAACUUGCGUGCUCGCGAGCCGAUACACACAGCCGCCGAUACCGACAGCGAUAAUUGUCUUGACGUCGUCGGCGUAAUCGUCGUCAGGGGGGCCGAUCCCUGCCUGCGGAUCGUGGUGCGUAACCGUCGCCGUUGCUUGACAGAACCGAGGAAGAUGGCCGAUAUGACGGAGUCGCCGCCGCUGUUUGACACCAGCGAGACAAAGUUGGACGAUCUCGAGGACGACGACGAGGAUAUCUUCGCGUCCGCGGUGCAGGAACAGAGCCAACUGGAGGACACCUCGCCUUACAAUGGAGUGUCCAAGGUUCAGGCGGAAUUGCCAAAACUGUCUCUGCGAGACAUGCCGGAGGAGAACUCGUUCUCCUCGAUGUCCAGCCCGGCCCCGGGUCCCUUGAGCCCGCCCCUGGGACCGAUGAACACCGACAUCGGAGAUCUCCAUGACGUUCCUAUCAAUGAUAACGCGGACACCCUGUCCACGAGCAUCAUUCAUUCGCGAUCUUUAGAAGAGGUUCCGGCCGACACGUCCGAAGUUUUCCUAAAGAUUACCGUCACCUCGCCUCAAAAGAUAGGCGACGGAAUGGGUGCCUAUGUUGCAUACAAAGUCGAAACGAGAACGAACAUGCUUAUUUUUAAGAAGAGGAACUUCAGCGUGAUUCGGCGUUUCAGCGAUUUCCUAGGACUCCAUGACAAAUUGACGGAGAAGUACCUCAGGAACGGCAGAAUAAUCCCGCCGGCUCCGGAGAAAAGUGUAAUUGGAACGACGAAAAUAAAAAUGUCCGGGGACAAGAGUCAAGAGCAAAAUUCGAGUUCCACGGAGUUUAUCGAACGACGUAGAGCAGCCCUCGAGAGGUAUUUGAAUAGAACGGCUGCACAUCCAGUUCUGAGUAUCGAUCCUGAUUUCAGAGAAUUUUUAGAAGCUGAUGUAGAGUUGCCCAAGGCCACCAAUACGUCUGCAUUGAGUGGUAAAGGAGUAAUGCGGCUUUUCAACAAAGUCGGGGAGACGGUUAAUAAGAUAACGUAUAAAAUGGACGAGAGCGAUAUGUGGUUCGAGGAGAAAACGUCGCAGAUAGAUUCCCUUGAUAUUCAGUUACGCGCUCUACAUUCCGCGGUCGAUUCCUUGACGAAUCAAAGAAGGGAAUUGGCGAACUGCACCGGCGCUACGGCGAAGUCGGUCGCCGUUCUUGGCCACGGCGAACCCGGCGCGUCUCUCGGCAGAGCUCUGGCGCAACUGGCCGAAACUCUGGAGAAAGUGGAGGUGAUCAGGAAGACGCAGAGCAACAGCGAUCUUUAUCAAUUUGGGGAGAUGCUGAGGGAUUACGUCGCGCUCAUCGGUGCGAUUAAGGAUGUUUUUCACGAGAGGGUGAAGGUCUUUCAAAACUGGCAGCACGCUCAGUUGAUGCUGAACAAGAAACGCGAGCAGAAGGCGCGGCUCGAGCAGUCAGGCCGCACGGACAAGACGAGCCAGGCGGCCACCGAGGUCAUAGAGUGGGAGUCGAAGGUGGACAGGGGUCAGGAGGAAUUCGACAAUAUCUCGAAGAUGAUAAAGGAGGAGGUCGAGCGCUUCGAGUUGGUCCGAGUGCAGGAUUUCAAGAAGCAGCUGAUCGAGUAUCUGGAGUCGAUGCUGCAACAUCAGAAUCAGCUCGUCAAGUACUGGGAGAGUUUCUUGCCGGAGGCACGAGCGGUGGCAUAAACAUUCCGUUAAAAGAGAGAGAGAAACGAUAAUAAGGCCGUAUACCUACCCGUGAAAAAAAACGAAAGAAGUGACUUCUGUGAUGUUCGUUGGGUCGACAAGUCGUUCGUUCAUUAUCAACGAUUGCGGCGUAUCUUAUCGAGGGUAUUUUCGGGCGAGAGGGGGAACGGAGACGGAGGUGAACAGAGAGAGUGAGAGCGGAUUCGAGGGUAUUGCCAGUUUUGGAAGUUACGCGACGGAAGGAAGAGAGUAUAUCCUAAUUAGACGAACGUAAAUAGAAGUCUCGAAUUUUUAUUAUAUUUCAAUUAUUGUCAAUAUAUAAUAUAUUAAUUCUUUACGAUUACUUUGUAUCCAUAUUAUAUAUACACAUUAUACGUAACUGUACGUAUGAAAAUAUUAUACAAUUUGUUAAAGAAUGUUACUAAAGAAUAAAGAUCAAUCAUGGUUA